GAUGUGACAGAGGUGGAGCAGGCAGAGGAGCAGGCGAAGCAGGAAGACCAGAUACUCAAGAAACAGGAGUUGUCUAACCUGCCUUCAUGAGAAAGAAGUACCUGAAGGCUCUGGGCCUGGCCAUCUCCCUGGACCAGCCACACACUGUGCUCAAAGUCAUUAAAGCGAUCCGCCAGGGGGAAGAUGGUGCUAAGCAGCUGGAGAAGACUGUGCUGAAGCUGCGCCAGGACCAGAAAG